UGUAUGCCUCUCCACCUCUCUCACAUACAUACACACAUGCACACAUAGUGUUUUUGAUGGGAAGGGAAUAGUCCAGAGGCAACUAGGGAUAACACUGUCUGCCUUCUUGUAAAGGGAUAUCUUCCUUCCUGGAAUUUCCAUUAAAGAGAUCGUGGAGGUAGAACAACAUCUUCAAGGGAAACACACAUGCACAGUCCUCCCCCAUCAUUACAUCUUCUCUCCAAGUCUUUGGCAUCCUUUACGACCAUCUGAUCCGCAACGCUUUCGCUCGCCGUCAGCAUCGUCAAUCGCCAGUGAUAUCAACACCAAGCAUUUUUGACAUUAUCAACCAUGAGCAACUACAGUGUCACUCUCUUAUCCCCCGCCCCGUGGGGUUUCAGGCUGCAGGGAGGGAAGGACUUCAACUUGCCCCUCAGCAUCUCCAGGCUGACGGAUGGUGGGAAGGCAGCUAAAGCUGGCAUGGCUGUCGGUGACAUGGUUCUGUCCAUUGACGGCAUCGCCACUGAGGGCAUGAACCACCUGGAGGCCCAGAACAAGAUCAAGAACUGCGCUGGCAACCUCAGCCUCACCCUGCAGAAGGUCUCCAGUGUCCCCAAACCUCCGUCAGUGGCAGCAAAGGACGACAGAUCAGAUAUCAUAAAACCCGUGGCCCUUACACACCCUCCGCCGCCCCAUCCCCACCCUCACCCCUGCAGUCCCUCCACCACGCCCUACAGUAAAACCUCCAGACCUUACGGGGGCUGCGGAUCAAAGAGCGAGUAUCCUCCAUCACAGUCGCCAUCUGCUGCCUUCAUCCCAUCCCCAUCCUCUGCCUUCACUCCUGCGUCCUCCCACAUCAGUCGUCCGUCUCCUCCCCCACCCCCUGUCUCUUAUCCGUCCUCCUCAUCCUCCUCCUCCUCCUCCCCUCCUGUCCUCGUUGCACCUCAGCCGUCAGUGUAUAACACACCAAUCAACUUAUACUCCACUGAGAACGCCUGCGAGGUGGCCAUGGGGCAGAGGCGGGGCCUUUUGGAGAGUCAGGGUGGAGCCUUGCCACAGCAGUUUAAUGGAGUUCCCAGGAAACACGUUGUGGACACAGACAUCCACUUUUACCACGUGCCCACUCAUGCUGAUGCCAGCAGGAAGCGCAUAACGGAGGACACAGAGGACUGGCGCCCACGCACUGGUACUACCCAGUCUAGGUCCUUCAGGAUUUUGGCUCAGAUCACUGGCACCGAGAAUGUGAUUCAAGAUGAGGAAGCCGAAAAGGCCAAGAAGACAAAUGAGGAGUGUGAGGAGCCCGAACUCAACAGCCACCAGUCUGCAGUUGUCAAGACCAUGAUCAAAGGACCUGCAGCAACCCAGGGCCGUGGUCCACAGCCCGCUUUGAUCAUUCCAGCCUUUGGAAUGAAGCGUAAUGGCAGUGCCAGUGUCCCGAGGGGUCCAGUCCCAGCCAGACCUGUUCCUCAGCCUCACCCAAAAGAUGAAGACACCGUCGUUCAGAUGGCGGAACACUUCCCCGCUGGGACUCGAACGCCCAUGUGUGCCCACUGCAACAUGGUUAUCAGAGGACCGUUCUUAGUGGCGAUGGGUAAAUCGUGGCAUAAGGAGGAGUUCAACUGUACCCGCUGCUGUACAUCAAUGGCGGACAUAGGCUUCGUGGAGGAGCAGGGAUGUGUCUACUGCGAGCACUGCUAUGAAGACUUCUUCGCUCCGACAUGCAGCCGCUGUCAGACCAAGAUACUGGGGGAGGUGAUAAAUGCUCUCAAACAGACGUGGCACGUGUACUGCUUCAUGUGCGCUGGCUGUCAGCAGCCAAUCAGAAACAACACCUUUCAUCUGGAGGACGGAGAACCGUACUGUGAACAAGAUUUCUACAGUUUAUUUGGGACUGGCUGCCACGGCUGUGAAUUUCCCAUCGAGGCCGGGGACAGGUUCCUGGAGGCCCUUGGUUACACCUGGCAUGAUACCUGCUUCGCCUGUGCUGUGUGCUGUACCUCACUGGAAGGCCAGACUUUUUUCUCCAAGAAAGACAAACCUCUUUGCAAGAAACACGCCAACACUUUUAAGAUAUGAAUCUUAGACUCUCACUUUUUUGGCAGAGGGUUAGGAUAGGAUUAUAAGAUCUCUUAUUGUAAUAAAACUUGGUCCAUACAACAAUAAUCUCAAAGCAAUACUCACUCUUGUACAGUGGGAGCUCAUCGAUCCAAAUGUUGCAGUGUGUGUACUUCACUAGGAAGUCAUCAACGUCUCUGUGAUACUAAUCGGAAUUUUUAAAUUCAGAGUUUAUUCCAGAGCUUCUAAACCGGAAAUGUGUGAAAAAUAUAAUAGAACUAAGUAUAUUUGUUUUGGGUUUUUUUUUUUCAAAACAGUUAUUGUCGUUAUUGUUGAUCCUUGUGCAAAUGUAAUAAAAUUACAGUUGGACUAGCAGCGCUGAAGAGUUUAAGAACACAUCCCAAAAACUAAAAAAAAAUCUAUUAUUUCAUACCAAAUUUAUGCCAGGUAUGAUAAUUGGUAAUUAACACUGUUGCCUAAUAAGCAUGAAUGGUUUUUUUUAACCUCUGUGAUUUUCAAAUGAAUUCUGUUUCUAAACAAAAAGUCUUCACAGUUUGAAACAGUAAGGAUCUUGAGAAAGAAAGAAAGACAAAGAGAUCAUAAAAUGAUCUUGUUUCUAUGAAGAAAAUUGCAAAAUUAAGGAAAUACAUGCGUACACAUACUCAGUAGAUGUAUAACUAACUAUAAACACAACGUUUGUAUGUUUUUGUGUCUCUUCUCGCUGUAUAUGGACUCAGUCAGACUUAGAGGAAGUUUUUUAUUCUAGGUUGGGAUUGAGUUUCAUAUAUUUACUCUUUAUAUAUUGUUUUUUUUUUUUAUCAAUUGUAUCCUGACCUGCAGGAUUAUAAUACCCAAUCAUGGGCACCUAUUAUUAUAAUCCUUGUGUAGCAAACUCUACUGUAUAUUUUAAUUUUUUUGUAUGUUUAUAAAGGGAGUGAAACGUAGACAAUAUGUAUUUAAAUGUUCCUGUAACUGUUUUUUUGCUUUACAGAUACUGAAAGAAUACCAGGUAACCUGCUAGUAGGAUUAAGGAGUAUUUAAUCCAUGGUCUGCUUUGUUCUCUUAACAACACAGCAAUGUUUUUUCCUCAUUUUGCACAAUAAUUAUUUUAAUAUGUUUUUUACUAUCUGGGACAAGGGGGGGCUGGUACAAUUUACAAUGAUGACGAAAUGUAGUUAAACUUUUAAUUACAGUUUAAACUUUUCAAUAUAAUCUGGGUUUAAUAAAUUAUGUACUUAA